CUGAAGCCCAGAGAAGUGACUUGUUUAAGAUCACACCUCUAUUUAAGGACGCAGAAGCCAGGCUUCACCUCCCCAAGAGAGUUGCCGUGGGAGAUUGGAGAAAGCAGUUGGCACCAGAGAACGGAAGUCUCUAACCCAGGACAUCCUCUGGGGACUGCGCCCAGCGGGAGGACAGACGCCGCCACGUCCUCUCGGAGCGGUGGCGAGGCGCCCCCUGCCGACCAUCUCUGAGUGGUGUCAACCCGGACUGCACAAACGUGCCGGCCGAGGUGGGCGGGGCUUACCCCGACAAGCUUCUCACUGCGUCCUUACUGGAGGUUAGGAAAACCGAGACGCAAGUUUCCACCCCCUGGGGCGGGGCCACCGGGCCGCCGGGCCGUGAUUGGUCAGUGCCGUUCCCGUGAGCGGUGACGUUGUGCCUGGAGGGACGAGUCUAAGAGGAGCGCGGGAACUGAGCAGUGGAGGGUCCGGUAAGGUUAGGAAAGGCCCAGAGAAGAUUGUUCCGGUGCCAGGUGCUCCCUAGCAGAGCCGGGUCUGCUUGCCCACGAGCUUCCCGUCCUAGCCGCUGACUGCCCGUCAGGUGCCCAGUAGGUUCCAGGUUUCAGAGAAGAUGGCAGAGGAGGAACUGAAUCUCCCGGGACAGGACUCUGAUGCGGGUAGUGAGGAGGUGGUCCUAACUCCUGCAGAGCUCAUUGAAAGGCUGGAGCAGGCUUGGAUGAAUGAAAAGUUUGCUCCUGACCUCCUGGAAAGCAAGCCUGAAAUUGUAGAAUGUGUCAUGGAACAGCUAGACCACAUGGAAGAAAAUCUCAGGAGAGCAAAGAAGGGGGAUCUGAAGAUCAGUAUCCAUCGAAUGGAGAUGGAGAGGAUCCGCUAUGUCCUUAGCAGCUACUUGCGAUGUCGACUCAUGAAGAUAGAGAAGUUUUUUCCUCACAUUCUUGAAAAGGAGAAAACUCGCCAUGAGGAGGAGCCUUCUAUCCUUUCUCCAGGAGAGUUUGUCUUUGCCAAAGAGUACAUGGCGAACACAGAGACAUAUCUAAAGAAUGUAGCCUUAAAGCAUAUGCCUCCUAAUUUACAGAAAGUGGACCUCUUGAGGGCAGUUCCCAAACCGGAUCUAGAUUCGUAUGUGUUUCUGAGAGUGAAAGAACGCCAAGAAAACAUACUGGUAGAACCAGAAACAGAUGAGCAGAGGGACUACGUGAUUGACUUGGAGGAAGGCUCGCAGCACUUGAUCCGAUAUAAAACCAUUGCACCUCUAGUUGCUUCUGGAGCCGUACAGCUAAUCUAAAACCAAAAAUAAAUAAACAAGAAUGAAGACAUGGAACCUUAGAGAAAAUAUUGAGAAACCCCACAUAUCGCUUUGUGCCUAAGGACGACAGAGGCACUCGAGGCAGGAUUGCUGACUUGUCAGGUAUCCUAACUUCCUGCCGUUUUAGCUCGAAUCGGCAGAUGGAGCCAGCGCUCUGUUCAGUCUGUACUGGGCAAAUACGUGACUUUCACUUUGCUCACCUUUUCCCUUUGUGGUCUUUUUUGAACUAAGGAAACUGAGGUAAAGGUAAUUCAUAAAAAGGCAUCAUUGCCUAUGUUUAGGAGACUGUAGUUAGCACUGACCUGAUAGUAGCAGGAGAAUUCAUUACCUUCCUGGUAGAAAGUGUAAAUAGAUGAAAGAAAACAGCUGUGGCCUUCUUCUCUGCU